GGCUAGACUUAGAGUAGAGGGAAAAGGUCUGGGAGGAGGCCUAAAGACGGGUAAGAAAAGAACAAAGAACUCUAAAGAGGGGUAAAGAAUAUGAAGGAAAAGGCCUGGGAUAACACACACGAGUGUGGGCUUGAGAUCUGGUGUUGGUAUGUGUGCUUGGGCAACCUACUGGUGAGCUUGCAUUACAGGUUCCCCUCAGCGUCUAAUCCAUGGAAAAGAUGAUUCUAUUGUAGAUGUCCCCUGUCCCCCUCCUCCAGCUCUGGAGGUUCCCACUCUAUCCCUAGUGUGUUGGCCAAGAUGGCAGCUGCCAUAGUUGUUUGGUAGCCUUCUGUUGAAAUUUCCAGUGAGUGUGGCAGGAAGUCCCCUCUUGAUCCCUUCCACUGACAGAGGUGAAAGUUGUGGCCUGUGGAGAACCAAAGAAGGAAUCGUUUAGCCUGAAAUGGGCCAAGAGUCUCUUUAGUCCUGUGUCAAUGAGGCAGUAGACUGUUGAGCACAGGCAGGUUGAAGAAGUGUUUUGUUUUGGACUCUUUUGGUUGUUCUGGAGGGCCAAAUCACUAAAAAGCAACUAACCUAACUGACCCUUCCACAAAAGGGAGAUUGCAAAUCUGAGGAGAAAUAGAGAUACCUGAACUGGAUAAACUGAGGCACAACCACUCCCACUGAUAGAAUUUGGAGGAUACAGAUUUUUGGAGAUUUCUUUUGUGGUUCUGAGGAACUCUGACUGGACCUGAAACAUUCUAUCCUUAGGGGAAUAGAAGGAGAAAUCAUGGAUUCUGUGUCUCAGUUGUUCCAUAUCACUUAUCAACUGAGACAAGGACCUUAAAACACUUUGGAAAUACUGGGCCAGCACCUCAGCAGAUGUAAAAACUUGACAUUCCCCCAUUUCUGAAAGAUGGCUGCGAAGUGGGGGAAGGGAAAAUAUCCUUUGUGUCCUAAUACAAAGAUCAUGAGGAGACUGAGAGAGUGCCAUAAAAUUUCUAAUUAAAUGAGGAAGCAUUUUAGAAGAAGUACCGCCUCAGGAGACAUGAGGAAAGGCGGCUCCAGUUUGCCAGUUUGGGAAGCUUAACUGAGAACUCAACUGAGCCUACAAAUACUAACCAAUAGAAAUGGUUUUCCUUCUAGCUGGGGCUGAGCUAGAUACGUCUGGGAAAAUAUGUACUUUACCAUCAACUUUAAUGGCUACAAAACACAUUCAGAUUAUGCACUUGGUGCCUCCAUGAGGCUUUCCGGUGAUGGCAAGGAACCCCUUCUCUCUGUCUGUGAUAAGGACUGCAUCACUGAAAUUGCCCAGCAAGCCAGGCCUGAGGACCUUCAACACCACUGAAGAAAGAAACACAGACUUGAUCAUGACCGACGGCAGUAUGCUAGUGUCUGACACUGGAAGGAGUCUCUUGGGAGAUUCUUCUGUUCUUGAUUCAAAAAUUAUAGAAACUUCCAAGGAGAAUAUAUUUAUUGGAUUGGCUUCAGAUGUUGAAGAGGAAAUGCCUCAGAUUGAAACCAGAGUGGUUUUAAUUCAGGAAGCUGGGAAACGUGAGGAACUCUUGAAAGCCUUGGAGACCAUUAAGAUAAUGGAAGUCCCAGUUAUAAAGAUAAAGGAAACUAGUCCUGGUAAAUCGGAAGAAAAGCUAAUAAAAAGUAUAAUUCAUAUGGAAAUUAAAGUGCCCUAUAUCAAGAUGGAGUCCGUGGAAGAGUUUGGGGAUUCUGAGUCUCCAGAAUUUGAGACAGUCUUCAUUGUAGCAGACUUUCAAGAUUCCAUCUUGGAGAACUUGUACAAGUUUGACUGUCGUGUUCUUGGACCUCCAAUAGUACUUCAUUGUGCUCAAAAAGGAGAGCCUCUACCUUUCUCAUGUCGCCCAUUGUACUGUGCAAGUAUGUUGAAUCUGGUGCUGUGCUUUACAGGAUUCAGGAAGAAAGAAGAACUAGUUAAGCUGGUGACCUUGGUUCAUCAUAUGGGUGGAAUUAUUCGAAGGGACUUCAGUUCAAAAGUUACACAUCUGGUGGCUAAUUCUACGCAAGGAGACAAAUUCAGACUUGCUGUGAGUCUGGGAACUCCUAUUGUGAAAGCUGAGUGGAUUUACAAGGCUUGGGAGAGAAGGAAUGAAAUUGAUUUCCGUGCAGCUGAUGAGGAAUUCAGAAAUGAGUUCAAGGUUCCCCCAUUCCAAGACUGCAUGUUAAGUUUCCUUGGAUUUUCCGAUGAAGAAAGAAUUAACAUGGAAGAAAUGACAAAAAUGCAAGGUGGGCAGUACUUGCCAGUUAGUGAUGACAGGUGCACACAUCUGGUUGUUGAAGAAAAUACAGUAAAAGAUCUCCCAUUUGAGCCUCCAAAAAAACUUUAUGUUGUAAAGCAAGAGUGGUUCUGGGGAAGCAUUCAGAUGGAUGCCAGAGCUGGAGAAUCCAUGUACUUGUUUGAAAAGCCGGAGAGUCCUGAACUCAAAAAGUCAGUGUCGCAACUUUCUCUGAAUACCCCAAAUAGCAAUCGCAAGAGACGUCGUUUGAGAGAGACCCUUGCACAGCUCACCAGAGAAACUGACAUGUCACCAUUCCCUCCUCGGAAACGCCAAUCAGCUGAGCAUUCCCUUUCUAUGGGGUCUUUACUGGAUAUUUCUAACACACCAGAGUCCAUCAUUACCAAUGGAGAAACACCAAAAUCAUGUUCAAAGCCUUCCAAAAAUUCAACUCCUCUGCCUGCAAAGCAGUCUGCAAGAUGGCAGGUUGCAAAGGAACUGUAUCAGACAGAAAGUAACUACGUAGAUAUUUUGACAACAAUUAUUCAGUUAUUUCAAGUUCCUUUGGAAAAAGAAGGGCAGCUUGGAGGACCUAUCCUUGCACAGGAGGAAAUUAAGACCAUAUUUGGCAGCAUUCCAGACAUCCUUGAUGUGCACACUAAAAUAAAGGAAGACCUUGAAGGCCUUAUGAUAAACUGGGCUGAAAGCAAAAGUAUUGGUGAUGUCAUUCUUAGAUAUUCAAAAGACUUGUUGAAAACAUACCCUCCUUUUGUGAAUUUCUUUGAAAUGAGCAAAGAAACUAUUAUGAAAUGUGAAAAACAGAAGCCACGGUUUCAUGCUUUCCUAAAGAUAAACCAAGCUAAACAAGAGUGUGGCCGUCAAAGCUUGGCUGAACUACUCAUUCGACCAGUUCAGCGGUUACCUAGUGUUGCUUUACUUCUAAAUGACCUUAAGAAACAUACAGCAGAAGACAACCCAGACAAAGGCAUGCUAGAGAGAGCCAUUGAAUCACUAAAGGAAGUGAUGACACACAUUAAUGAAGACAAAAGGAAAACAGAAGCACAAAGACUCAUCUUUGAUGUUGUGUACGAAGUUGAUGGAUGUCCAGCCAAUCUCUUGUCAUCUCACCGAAGCUUAGUUCAGCGAUUGGAAACGGUUGCACUUGGCGAUGACCUCUGUGACAGAGGAGAACAGGUCACGCUCUUUCUGUUUAAUGACUGUCUAGAGAUUGCAAGGAAACGGCACAAAGUUAUCAGUGCUUUCAAGAGCCCCCAUGGCCAGACCAGGCCCCCGGCAUCUCUCAAACACAUUGUUCUCAUGCCUCUCUCGCAGAUCAAGAAAGUGCUAGACAUCAAGGAGACAGAAGACUGCCACAAAGCUUUUGCCUUGGUUGUGCGGCCACCAACAGAACAGAACAACUUGUUGUUCAGUUUUCAGAUGACAACUGAGGAGCCUCCUAAAGAGGAUUGGUUGAAGAUGCUGUGUCGGCAUGUAGCGAACACAAUUUGUAAAGCAGAUGCUGAAAACCUUAUUUACACUACUGAUCCUGAUUCAAUUGACAUAAAUACAAAAGAUGUGGACAGUACGUUGAGUAGGGCAUCCAGGGCAAUAAAGAAAACAUCAAAAAAGGUUACGAGAGCAUUUUCUUUCUCCAAAACACCAAAGAGAGCUCUUCGAAGGGCUUUAAUGGCACACAAUACAGUAGAAGGAAGGAGUCCCUGCUCAGCUAGUGAAAGUUACUUAGGCAGCCGCCUGACCAGUACAUCCUCAUUAGCAAUUGCACGUUCCUCUUCUACAUACAGCCUAAAUGGAUCUGUCAAACAUGUCGUUAGUGUUCAGCGCUCCAAUUCUGUUGAUGGGAGCUCUCAAAGUUCCAGGUCUCGACCUGUGCUCCGUCCUGACUCUCCAACUAGCCGUCCUUCACAUGCCAGAGAAGGAAAAACUCCUUCCAGCCCUGAAAGCUUAAAUGGCCACUCGUUGGCCAGACCUUGUCCCAUUCCUGUCAUUACUACCACUUGUGAUGUAGGAGAUGACCGGAGUGGUGUUGAGAACAGUUCCGUUGUCAAACCCUGAUCUUUAAUGCCCACGUUGCAUAAAGGUAUCCCUUCUCCUUCCUUGGUCAACCUUCCCUCAAUGUUUGCAAAGAGGAAUUGUACCUUAAGUCGAUCAACAACCCACUUGAUAUGAAGUAGGCUUAAAAUGGACUCCUAUACUGUAAUGACUGACAAGCUACUGGCUGUUCAGAUGACAUAUUACUGACAUAAUGGUACUUUAGUCAUUGUCACUUAGUUGCUUAACUUAGUUACUUAACAUUUUGCUAACUGGUAGGGACUCUUUGACUAGUACUGAAGCAGAUCACCUAGUCAACCAAACAAGUGAAAAACUUGAUCUAGGUUUAGAAAUAAUGUACUCGUUUGCACAAUCCAUUUCCUCACCGGCAUAAUGUAAACACUUUCUUUCAACAAACUGUCACCAUUUAUGCAAUAAAGUGUUUUGGUGUCAAAUGCUGAAAUUAAGAAGUCUCUUACUUGAGUCAUUAACUGAAGAUCAUCAUCCAGUGGAUCUAGAAGAGGCUGCUUAACUUCAUCAAUUGGCUCUGUACCACUUGUCUUAAAAGCUAAUGCAUGGACCAUUGACUAACCUGAAAUAGUUUAAGAUACGCCCUUUAAAGUAUGACAGUUGGCCUGUUAUAAAGCUGCUUUGUCUGGCUGUUCUAGAAGAUCUAGUUUAUUGGUGCAUGAGUGUACCUUUUUGAGUGGUCUACUGCAUAUGGUCCUUCGUAUUUUCUACGCAUCCUUUUCUAAUCCCAUACAUCCAAAUCCUGUGAUUGGCUUAGCCGCCAAAAGUAACUGAUCUGAUAGUAAAUUAAAAGUAAAAUUUUUGGAUGUGGAAGUCCAAGAAAAAACAUCACUGUACUUAAAUUGUAUUUAUAGCCUUUGAAUUGAAACUAUUUUUAAAAAUAGUCUCCAAACCUUGUAUAACUACUUUUUUAUAUAUAGUUUGUUCAUGCACAGGCUCCUCCAAUGCAAAGCUGAAAUUGUGGACCUGGUUUCAAUGUCUGUCAGUAAUAUUUUUACAUACAGAUUUUUGGUGUAUAAUUUCCAAAACCUUUUUCUACACCUUUGCUAUACGUAAUCUUUUUGUAUUUUUUUUCUUUGCAAGCUGUAUAUUUUAAAAUCACGUUUUCAGUCUGUAUUAUCCAACCCUGUCUCAGGAAUUGUCCAAAUGUGUAUAUUUCUGCACUUAACUUUGAACUAAUUGCCUGUGUGUCAUGCGUGGCAUUUCCAACACUUAAGAUUCCCUUUAAUCACAAAA